AUGGAUUAUGGGGAGACUUUUACCCCGGUUGCAAAGAUGACUAUAGUUCGCACUCUUAUUGCAGUUGCUUCUAUUCGUCACUGGCACAUAUCUCAAAUGGAUUUUAAAAAUGCUUUCCUAAAUGGUGACCUUCAAGAAGAAGUUUACAUGAUACCUGCUCGGGGGCUUUCUCAUCAACCUGGUGAAACUGUGGAUACACCUAUUGAACUUAAUGCUUGGUAUUCUUCUUUGUUGGAUCCUAGCUUAUAUCAUAAUGUUGUUGGUAGCUUGGUUUAUCUUAUUCUCAUUCAUCCAGAUGUUGCACAUGUUGUUCAUAUGAGUCUUUUACUUCCAUCUACUUCGUCUUUAGAGCUGCGUGCAUAUUCUGAUGUUGAUUGGGCUAAUGACCCUAUUGAUUGUAAGUCCACCACUGGCAGGGCACAUCGAGCUCCCUUGGAAGAUGCUCGAUAUCUUGCUCAACGAUAUGAUAGAAUGCGACAGGAAGCUGAAGCUCAGGCUAUUGAUGUAUCUAGACGGCAAGCGAAGUUACGGGAAUCCACAGGGAGAGCUGAAUUUAUCAUAAAGCUAGAAGCUGCUGAAGGCAAACUUCUGGAGCUAAAGUCAAAUGUGGCAACAUUGGGAAAAGAAGACGCUGCAGCUAUGGCUGCUGUGGAAGGUCAACAGCAGAGGUUGACUCUUCAGCAUCUACUUGCCAUGGUUGAAGCUGAACGCAACUAUCACCAGAGAGUCCUCCAGAUACUUGAUCAGCUUGAGAGCGAGCCGUUAUCUGAGCGCCGGCGAAUUGAAGCACCAUCUACUCCAGCAACAGAGAACAGCAUGCCUCCACCACCAUCAUAUGAAGAGGUCAGCGGUGUCUUUGCUUCCGAAAUCUAUGAUGGAUCAACAGACAAUGUGGAUUAUUUCUUGGGAGAGGUUGUGAAUUCAUUCAAAGCUGUAACUGAUGUGGAGUUAAGUUUGUCUAUUGGUGAUUAUGCUGUUGUCCGGAAGGUCUCAAGCAGUGGUUGGGCUGAAGGUGAAUGUAAGGGAAAAGCCGAUUGGUUCCCAUUUAACUAUGUGGAAAGGCGAGAACGUGUGCUUGCGACCAAGGUGGCUGAAGUCUUCUGA